AUGUCUCGUCUUACCAUCAUCGUCGCUGCGACCAAGGCCAAUGGGAUUGGCAAAGGCUCUAAUUUACCAUGGCGUCUAGCCAAGGAAAUGAAGUACUUUGCCCGCGCUACCUCUGAAGCACCUGAAGGCACGAGAAAUGCAGUCGUCAUGGGUCGCACCACCUGGGAGAGCAUCCCCGAGAAGUUCAGACCCCUCCCAAACCGAGUUAACGUCGUGGUGAGCCGAAACGAAAAUUAUGAACUGCAAAGAGCCAUCCCCUAUGGCGCGACUUGCAAACAGCCUUUCUUCAGGGCUCAGACACCUUACGACAACGGAUGGCCUUACUGUCAAUCGUAUAUUCGUGAUUGGAGGCGCGUCACUGUAUCGAGAAACGCUUUCUCUGGCCAGGUCGAAAACUGGCCCAUUCGUAGACCGCAUACUCCUCACUCGCAUCGCACUCGCAUCGUGAGCCCGGACUUUGAUGCCGAUGUCUUCAUGCCAGAAUUCAAUGCGGACGGGAAGGAGUGGACAAGGUCGACACACGCAGAAUUGCAGGAGUGGGUAGGGUUUUCGGUGCCAGAGGGAAUCCAAGAGGAGAAUGGGGUCAAGUACGAAUUCCAGAUGUGGACAAGGUCCUCGUAA